AUGAGCGCUCCAACAGCUCAGAUGAUCGCCCUCGAAGGGCUUACCGUCCUAGACGGCGCCGUCGAAGGCGAAAUGGCGGUGGAUUACGUGUUUCUCCAUGGCCUGAACGGAAGCCCGAAGGAUACCUGGACAGAUGAGACCAAAGACGGCACCGGGUUCUUUUGGCCGCGCCAGGUGCUGGCUGAUAUCCCGGGGUGUCGGGUGAUGACAUUCGGCUACAACGCUGCCUUCGAAAGAGCCCUCGUCAAGAACACGACCACGAUCAACGCGAUCGCCCAGACCUUUGUCAACCGAUUGAUUGACAAGCGCAAAGGGGAGCAUAUCAAUCGACCACUCCUUCUCAUUGCCCACAGCCUCGGCGGCCUCGUAAUCAAGCGCGCUCUCUACAACAUCCACGCCGACCGCCACACGGGCCUAAAGUCGCGUAAAAUCGACGAGCAGAACGCCAUCUACGACUCCAUUGCCGGCCUGGUCUUCAUGGGCACACCUCACGCCGGCAGCCAUGUCACGGACGCGGCCAGGGUGAAGAUGCUCAAGGCGCUCGCCCGCGCCACGUUCAAGAAGGCGCCCGAGAAUCUGAUCAGGGCCUUGUCCGCCCAUUCCAACGAGCUGCAGGACCUCAGCGCCAGUUUCGAGAGGACGACAAUCUUCACUCAGCACAUGAUCGAGAUUUGCACCUACUUUGAGACCAAGACAACAAAGUUUGUGGUUCCUCGAGCCAUGACCUCGCUUCACUACCUGAAUGAGCGUGAGGAGGGUAUUGCAAAGGAGCACACGAAGAUGGCAAAGUUUUCUGAUGCCCAAGAUGACAUGUACCAGUCGAUUCGCCAGAGGCUGGCGGACAUGGGCACUGACGGCUUGAACGCCAAAACGGCACGCCAAGCAACCUAUCGUGUAUCCCAAAUUCCCGGCGAUAUCGCCAGGACGCAGCUUGCACAGUUCUUGCAUGACCAAUGCCAACUUGGGCCGACAGAUAACAUUCGAGUGCACUCUUUGGCUGCUCGCUCAGGCCAGAGACAGUCCACCAAGACUGCCACUGCUUCCUUUUCGACUGUCCCCCCGCUGUUGUUAAAAAAGCAGAGCCGUUGGGUAAUUCCCUUCGUAUGGGGCAAUAAUCAUAGCCACAUAGUUGUCGACACGGAUUUCCACGGCUUCACCGCCCUAAAUGGGGUUGAAGCGGAUAAACAUGUCAUGGACAUCAUCGCCAUCCCGGGCCUAGGCUGCCACCCAUUCUCCGUCUGGCAGGAAGAUCCCUCUGCUAGCACGUACAUGUGGUUGAGGGAUGACCCGGCCCUCUUGGCCACAGGGACCCAGAUCCUCCUGUACGGCUACGACUCUGGUCACCAAAGCAGCAACGGCCCCGCCUCGAUCGACGACAUUGCGAUAUCCUUGAUCUCAGCACUGCGUGAUAUCGGUCGCUCAUCCCCCUCUGCCAAACCGGUGGUCUUCCUUGCCCACAGUAUGGGCGGCGUCGUCUUAAAGCAAUGCCUCGUCGAGCUGGCCAACACCAGUCAGUCCGAACUGUUCAUUUUGCGAAGCGUCAAAAUGUGCAUCUUCCUGGCGGUUCCGAAUCAACUUCCCGUUCCCGCCAUGUUGGCAGUCAUGCUCGGCAACAACAGGUUCAACAAGUUGCGGUAUGCACUUCAGGCCGAGAGGAAUCGAGGCUAUCUGUCCACUCUAGACGGAAUUGUGCGGGGAUUUGGCCAGGCAAACGGCAUUCGCUUCUGCUCUGGGUACGAGACGAUGAGAUCCACACUUCCAAAGCGCCAAAUCCAUGCUGAAAGUGACCAUACUAUACUCCUUCCCAAAUCCCAGGCCAUUCAGGACGGGUCACGGGCUGUAGAUCAGUUCCCGGUCAGCAAGGCCCAUGGUUCCGUACUCGGUAUGCAGGCCGGCAGCCAGACUAUCGACACCAUCGCGAGGCUUGUUACGGAAGCUAGCGAAGCUAGCAUGGCUACACAAGACGUCGAUUUCGAUUCCGCGUCUUCAGAGGACAUCAAAAACUCGGCAUUGUACCGCCAGUUCGUCAAGACUCUUGUUCUACAUGGACGGGAUCGAGAAGACGGCAUAGAAGCCGCGGUUCAAGGCACCUUUGGCUGGGUCUGGUCGAACCCAGAAAUCAGUCUCGGCUCCUGGCUGACUGACGACAAAGCCCCCCUGUUUUGGAUACGCGGAAAGCCAGGGUCUGGAAAAUCUACCCUCAUACGUUAUCUAUGGGGCCAUAAUCAACUGUCGACGUUACUGGCUGACGAGGUGCCGGGUGUUUCGAGGAUCAAGGCAGCCUUCUUUUUCUACUACCGUGGCACCCACGUUCAAAAGUCGUUUGAGGGAAUGUUGCACAGCGUGCUGCUGCGUGUCCUGGAACAGGAGCCUCGUCUGUCGAGCGUUCUUCUUCCCGAGUUUGCAAGGCUGAAGCAUGAAGAGCGGGAGAAGUGGGUGUGGACAUCGGCAACGCUCAUGAAGGCGUACGACGAUAUUCUCACCCAAACCAAGCUCUCCGUCGAGAUAUACCUCUUCCUCGACGCGCUAGACGAGUACGACGGCCCCACGGAGGCCAUAGUCAACUUCGUGCGCACGUCAGUUCUCAAGGCCUCCUCGGGAAGAACGCGUCUAAAGGCCUGCUUUUCAAGCCGCGAGUGGCUGGCUUUCGAGGACCCCUUUUCGGCCCUUCCGGGUUUCAAGAUUCACGAAUACACGGAUAGUGACAUUCUCAAGUACACGUUGGCUCGACUUUCCCGCAAUCCCGAGAUCUCGCAACGGCUGGCAGCCGGGACGCAUCAGGAAGCUUCAGACGUUCGCCAGAUGGAGGAGCACAUAGUAAACUCGGCCAACGGUGUCUUUGUCUGGGUGAAGGCAGUUUCUGAUGAGAUCGUCAGCGGGUUCUCAAAAACAAAGUCGACCAGCGAGCUUUUGACACUGCUCAAGAGCCUUCCAACCGAUCUGGACUCCUUCUAUACGGACGCCAUCAAACGGCUCCCGUUCGAACUUCGAAUGGAGGCGUUCUCCAUGUUCGAGGUUAUGGCAAGGUCCGACACCAUUCUAUCAGCCACGCUUGUAAGGGAAGCCGUCUCAUGCGCGCAAUUGAGCGAUCCCCAAGAUUGUGCAAUGGCAAUCAGGCGUUGUCGGGAGCUUCCCGGUUCCGACUCACCUACACGCUGGGCUCAAGACCGCGGGGCCGGUCUUGUCGAAUUCAAGCAUCCCUACACAAAUGCCCCCGCCAUUAUCACCUUUAUGCAUCAGUCAGUCCUUGACUUUGUUCUGAGGCCAGGUUUUCGAGGGCUCGUACUUGAUCACGCAUUCGCGCUGCCCUUGGAAAACGGCUAUUCGAUCUUGUCCAAGUGGAUGCUCUCAAUAGGAGCUCAGGAUCAAAAGGUUUUCGAGUAUCAUGAGGUUGGAGAAGAUCUCUUGGCUGUCGCCGAAGCGACCACGGGCAAGAGCCUGAGGAGUUUCUUGGACUCACUGGACAAUGACACUCUGACGACAGAGUUGAAAAUGUGGGGGUGCCCCAUUGCCGAUAUCUCGAAUCCGAAGAUGUAUUUCGCCGUGGUCCAAGGCCUGAACAUUUUUAUUCAAGAAGUCAUUCAGGAGCACGGUGGAGUCAUUCCGGACAAAGGCAACUUCUCCCUCCUACAUUGUCUGGCCAAACUGUCGGAUCCCUACGGUGCUUACGGAAUGGCUUUUCCCAUUUCGCGCUCUCCAGCCAGGUUGGAAAUCAUCCCAAUCCUCUUCCGUCAUGGGGCCCGAGUAGGAGCGGUAUGGCAGGGGAAGACCCCCUUUCAAAUGCUAGUAUCAAAUUUUCCCUACACGAUAUUUACCGGCAGUGGUGGGCAUAAAGGCUGGGACAGUAUCCCCAUUUACAACUACGAGAACGUGCUUGCUCUUCAUCUUCUAUCUGCUGGGCAAGAUCCCAAUGUAAGCAUAUCGAUCAAGAGGAACUACAUACGAAGGCAAGACCGGUCAACGGAAUGGGUCACCUGCAAACCGCUGCACUUAGUCCCGCUAGGUCUCGCCGAAAUCCUGAUCGCGUUCGGCGCGAAGGUGAACGUUUUCGAUAGCAAGGGAAGGACACCACUGGACCUUGCUUGCGGAGUCGGAGGCAACCCUUUCGAAGUUGGUGACCACGUGCCGCCUUUGGAGGCCUAUUCAUUUGCACAAUUUCUUCUGAGCCACGGCGCACAGCUUUCGUUGGAGGGGAGCCGGAUCUGGCCUGACUUUGUCAAGUCCGUCUCAAGGAGCGUACAGGUGCCCGAGGAGUUUCUGCAGCCCGGCGUCAUGAGCAGAGCGAGCCCAGGCGUCGUACUGAUGAAGAUCGAGGACAUGAAGCUCCGUAUUAAGAGGGACGGAAUUCGCCGAUAA